AUGUUUAAACAAUCGAUCAGUAGAAAUAGUUUAAUAGCUUUUAAAAACUCAAUUCAACCAACAACAACAACAACCAAAUUAUCAUCACCUUUAAAUUUUAAAUAUUCAUCAAACAAGACUAUUUUAAAUAAUCAUCUCAACAAUGAAGAUAAUUCUAGAAUUAAAAGAUAUUUUGGAACAAAAUAUGAUGAAGGUAGAAUGACACCAGAAGAUUUAAUUAUAAAUCAAGUAAAGAAUAGUUCUGCACCAAUGGUUAAAGUUGCUGGUUCAGAUAUUGAUGGCAUUCUUAGAGGAAAAUAUCUACAAAAGGAAAAGUUUGAAUCGGCUGCUACUAAAGGAUUGGGUUUUUGUAGUGUCAUUUUUGGUUGGGAUUCAGAGGAUCAAUGCUAUGACAAUGUUCAAUUCACUGGCAAUCAUACAGGUUAUCCAGAUAUUGGUGCCAAACCAGAUCUUGGAACCUUUAGAUUGAUUCCAUGGGAGAACAACACCCCUUUCUUCCUCAUUGACUUUUACAAGACCGAUGAUCCAAAUAAACCUCUACCCAUUUGUCCACGUAAUCUUUUGAAAAAGGUGAUCAAAGAUUGUAGAGAGGCUGGAUUCGAACCAAUGAUGGGAAUGGAGUUUGAAUGGUACAAUUAUCUAGAGAAUAAUCAAACCAUCUAUGAAAAGGACUUUAUGAACCUGUCUCCACUCACCAAUGGUAUGUUUGGUUACAGUCUUUUAAGAGUCGCCUCCAAUUCAGAGUAUGCAAAUACGUUGGCCGCUCUCAAAGACUAUGGUAUUCCUUUGGAAGGUCUUCAUACUGAAACUGGUCCAGGUGUCUAUGAAGUGGCCAUUCAAUUUAGUGAUGCCUUGGAAGCUGCCGAUCGUGCCAUUCUAUUCAAGUUGGCCACAAAAGAAAUUGGUGCCAAAUUUGGUAUCAUGGCUUCAUUCAUGGCCAAGCCAUCCACCCAACUACCAGGAUGUUCAGGUCACAUGCAUCAAAACUUCCAAAGUCUCGAUGGAAAGACCAAUCUAUUUGCCGAUUCAAAGGGAGAGAUUUCUGAAACAUUCAAGAGCUUCUUGGCUGGUCAGUUACAACUCCUUCCAGAAUUCCUUCCAUUCUUUGCACCAACUAUCAAUAGUUACAAGAGAUUGGUCGAUGGUUAUUGGGCACCCACCACACCAACAUGGGGAUAUGAUAACAGAACGGUAGCCAUUCGUGUCAUCAAGGGUGGAAAGGCAACAAGAUCAGAGUUUAGAGUUACUGGUAGUGAUGUUAAUCCAUAUAUUGCCAUUGCUGCUAGUUUUGCUGCCGGUCUCUAUGGAGUAAAAAACAAGUUAAAACUUACACAAGAACCAAUUGUUGGCAAUAGUUAUGACCUCUACAAGAAGGGUCUUGUUCCACGUCUACCAAGAACUCUAUCAGAGAGUACUGAAUUGUUGGCAAAGUCUGACAUUGCAAAAGAAUUGUUAGGUGAAGAAUUUAUUGAUCACUUUGUUCAAACUAGAAGAUGGGAAUAUAGAACAUUCAAUCAUCAAGUUCAUAGAUGGGAAACUCAAAGAUAUUUUGAAGUAAUCUAA